AUGGCCAAAUCAGCUCUCUCCUUGACCUGCCUUUGCUUAUAUAGUACUGCUUUAGCUACAAUUCUAACCUUGAACCCAUGCUUUCUCAAUGCAAAAACUUUAGAAUCUGAUGUUCAAGUUCUUAGAUCCUUCAAAGACUCGAUUGAUCCGAAUUCCAUCCUGCCAGCCUCAUUUCUAAGUAGUUGGAAUUUAAACUUAGACCCCUGCGAAGCCACAGGGACGCACUUUUUAGGCGUUCUAUGUAUGACCCCAUCUGACAACUCAAGUGGCAGGAUAUCAGUUAUUGAUCUUGAAGGGGAUGGACUGGAGGGGUUCCUGACACCGGGGAUCGGAAACCUGACUGCGCUGACUACAUUAAACCUAAGCAGAAACAAGUUCAGAGGGCCAAUUCCAGAUAGCGUUGUUAAUUUGAGGAAGAUUACCAGGCUUCUGCUUUCUGAAAAUUUCUUCUCUGGCGCUUUGCCUAGAUAUAUCAAAAGGCUCAGGAAGCUGGAAGUUUUUGAUGUUUCGCACAACAGGCUCUCAGGUUCAAUCCCUGCAACAAUCACCGCACUUCGUGAGUUAACUCACUUAGAUCUGUCAAACAAUGAAAUAACAGGCAAAAUCCCUGACCUUUCUGGGCUGUGGCAGCUCAACACUUUAGCUCUAAGCAGUAAUCAGAUUUUUGCAGGUCUACCACCAUUUCCUGUAAGGUUAAGAAUAUUGUUGCUAGGACACAAUUUACUUUCUGGCCACAUUUCCGCCAUAAGUAAGCUUCGAUCUCUUACAGCAUUAGAUCUUAGCGACAAUAGAUUUUCUGGACCAAUACGCCAUCAAAUAGUCACAUUACCUGAGUUGAUGCGUAUAAAUGUUUCAACAAACCACUUCACAAGAAUUGAGGUGACCAAGUCGAGUACUAAAGAAUCACAACUUCAGGUACUUGAUGCACACGGUAAUCUGCUGCAAGGCCACUUGCCUCUGAACAUAAUCACAUAUCUGAAUCUCAAAACAAUAAAUCUUGGGCACAAUAAGUUUUCUGGUGAAAUUCCAAAGGCAUAUGGCCCAAGGUUGAGAAGCGUAUGGAGAAAUCUUAAUCUAGAGUACAAUUACCUGGAGGGAACUCUGCCAUCAGAAUUCAUGACCAGAGGAGAAAGAGCAAGGGCUAGCCUUGCACACAACUGCCUCAACUGCCCAGAGCAUGUACCAUGGUGUCAGGGCGGACAACGGCCAGCUUCACAGUGUAGGAGGAAUACUGGAGGUAUUAUGUGA